AACUGAAGAUGCUUUCUUAAAAAUCCUUAAAAGCUAAGUUAGAUCAAUCAAUUAUAUAUGUAUUUAUUUAAAUAGAUAAUUUUAGGUCAAUUAUAAAUCUCUAAUGACAUCUGAAUAAAAAUAGUAUGAAAUUCCUUCUUACUUAAAUUCUAAAUGCAAAAUCAAACUUCGAUAAACAAAGCUAAGCCUACCAAAAUUAUUUACUAUAGUGCCAUCUUUACCAUCAUUAAAAUCACUUUCAAAUAAGCAUUAAUGUAGUCCUAGUAGGAUACAAUUAAUUGAAGGCUCUUAAAAACCUCACGAAAGACUGCCAUCAAUUGUAAAUGACACGUAUUUUUUGAGAACAAGUUAAGGUGGCUACUUUGAGAACCUUUUAAUAUAAAAGCAAAAAAAAUAUUGA